AACCCAUUCUCCCUUCUAAACCCUAACCCUACUUUCACGAUUGCUUCAAUUUCAUUUCUUUAAGCUCAAGAAACCAAUACCAUUCAUGUUGCACCAAUUUCUUGGUUUUCAUUCACAAAAACCCUAAGUUUUACCCACCAAUUUCAAAUGAAUAUGGAAGCGAAGACCAAGAAAAGAAGCUUGCUUGUUGGAGACACCAUUUAUGAAGACAAUCAGAAGAGAAGCAAGCAAGAAGAUGUGAAGGUUGGUUAUGGCGAUGGAGUUUCUUGGUUCAGAGGUGCAAUAAUCGGUAAAGGAAGUUUCGGUUGUGUUUUUCUUGGCAAUUUGAAGAACCCCAAAUCCAAAUACAACUCUUACCCGCCGAUUAUGGCCGUGAAAUCGGCAGAAGUCUCUGUUUCUGGUUCAAUUCAAAAGGAGAAAGAGGUUAUGGAUAAUAUCCGUGGGUGUUGUAAUGUGAUCAAGUGUUUUGGUGAAGAGAUUACCAAUGGAGAGAAUGGUCAGAUGGUUUACAACUUGUUGUUGGAGUAUGGCUCUGGUGGAACCCUAGCUGAUCUGAUCAAGAAAUCCUCCGGUAAAGGGUUGCCAGAACUCGAUGUCAGAUGCUACGCUAGGUCCAUCCUUCGAGGGUUACGUCACAUUCACAAGCAAGGGUAUGUUCAUUGCGAUCUGAAACCAGAUAAUGUAUUGCUUGUGUCUAAUUCUAGAGAUGGUUGUUUUAAUGCCAAAAUUGGGGAUUUCGGAUUGGCGAAAAGGGCAAAUCAGAAGAAGAACAAGUUGGGUCUUAAUUGGAGAGGUACCCCUAUGUAUUUAUCCCCAGAAGCUGUAAAUUAUGGUGUUCAAGAGCCUCCUGCUGAUAUUUGGGCAGUCGGGUGUAUCGUGUCAGAGAUGUUGACCGGAAAACCUCUUUGGUUUUCGGAACAAGAUUUGUGCAUGGACGAGAUUUUAAGUCGAAUUGGCGAAGAAGACGAAUCACCGUGUAUUUCUAGCAAUAUAUCAACAGAGGGCAGGAGUUUCUUGAAGGGUUGUUUGUCUAAAAAGAUUAUGUGUAGAUUAACUGCUAAUAUGCUAUUAGAUCAUCCUUUCUUAAAAGGGUUAGUUGAAGAUGAUGCCAGUGAGGUUAAAGAUUCACACCAAGAAGUUUUGGACAUAAACACCAUCACCUCAUCACCAGUGUUCUCAGAUGAUGAUGAUGAUGAUGAUGAUGAGAUGUGGUUGUCUUCAUAUUCAGAUGGGUCAUGCUAUUCAUGGUCAGAAGGAGAUGUGGAUUCCAUGGAGAAUCAAGAAAGCACAGAUGCAAGAUUCAAUGUGUUACAACAAUAUCCAGUAACAUUAACCAUUUCCAAGGGAGUUUAGCAAGAUUGAUGGUGAGAAUCCACAUUUAGUAGAGUAGUUAUCAUUCUUUAUACAUGUUUAUAGUCAUAUUAUGGUAAAUACAAUAAAUAUAUA